AUGGCAGAAAACCUCUCCUCCCAACCCCCUCCCUCCACAGCCUUCCUCCUAAGCUACCCAUCCCCAUCCAUCCUUCUCGUAACCAUAAACAAGCCCAAGCAACGAAACGCCAUCUCAAUGGCACAACACUGGGAAGCCGACGCAAUCUUCAAAUGGUUCGACGCCGAACCAUCCCUCCUCGUCGCCAUCAUCACCGGCGCCGGCGACCUCGCUUUCUGCGCCGGCCAAGACCUCAAAGAACAAGCCUACCUCGACCACCGCAGCAACAACAAAAGCAGCACCACCAACAACAACAACAAAGACACCGCUUCCAACCCCCAACCACAACCCUCCUCCCGCCUCGGCCUGCCCCCAACAGGCUUCGCCGGCCUCAGCACCCGCACCGGCCGCAAACCCAUCAUCGCAGCCGUCAACGGCGCCGCAAUGGGCGGCGGCUUCGAAAUCUGUCUGAACUGCGACAUAACCCUCGCCCUCCCAACCGCCACAUUCGCCCUCCCCGAAGCCCUCCGCGGCCUCUACGCCGCAGCAGGCGGUCUCGCACGCCUCACCCGCACAGCAGGCAUCCACAUCGCAUCCGAACUCGCCCUCACAGGCCGACGCAUGAGCGCCGCCGAAGCCCUCUCGCACGGCCUGAUCAACCGCGUUGUUUCCCCUCCCUCUCCCUCUCCUCCAAGCCCCUCCACCCCAUCCUCAUCCCCAUCAUCAGCCAGAGAAACCCUCCUCAACGAAGCCGUCGAAAUGGCACGCGCCAUCACACUCGCGUCGCCGGACGCGGUGGUUGUGACGCGCGCGGGGAUUCGCGAGGCGUGGGAGACGGCGAGUGUGGUGCGGGCGGGCCAGGUGACGGCGGAGCGGUACGGGGAGGCGCUGUUUCGGGGGGAGAAUUUUGGGAUUGGGGUUCGGGCGUUUGCGGAGGGGGGGGGCAGGGGGAGGAGGCCGGUUUGGAGGCCUUCUAGGCUGUGA